GCGGGGACCUCCAAACAACCGACUCCUUUCCAGGUGAAGGGUGACUUGGGUACGUUGGGGCUUUGAGCGAGCCUCCCCGCACCCUCCCAUAGGACCCCAGGACAGACCCUGCGUCCUCGCUGACCCGCCCUAGGCUGAAGAAACACUUAAAUUCUGGAAAUAGCGACUCAGUAUCAUGGCCAGCAGCCUUAAUGAAGAUCCAGAAGGAAGCAGAAUCACUUAUGUGAAAGGAGACCUUUUUGCAUGCCCGAAAACAGACUCUUUAGCCCACUGUAUCAGUGAGGAUUGUCGCAUGGGCGCUGGGAUAGCUGUCCUCUUUAAGAAGAAAUUUGGAGGGGUGCAAGAACUUUUAAAUCAACAAAGGAAAUCUGGAGAAGUGGCUGUUCUGAAGAGAGAUGGGCGAUAUAUAUAUUACUUGAUUACAAAGAAAAGGGCUUCGCACAAACCAACUUAUGAAAACUUACAGAAGAGUUUAGAGGCAAUGAAGUCUCAUUGUCUGAAGAAUGGAGUCACCGACCUCUCCAUGCCCAGGAUUGGAUGUGGUCUUGAUCGUCUGCAAUGGGAAAAUGUAUCUGCGAUGAUCGAGGAGGUAUUUGAGGCAACAGACAUCAAAAUUACUGUGUACACACUCUGAACCAGUGAACAUUUUGGAUGUUUCCGUGUUCUCCUGUGUCAUCUCUACUGGGCCAUAGGACCGGGCAAACCUACCUUAAAAUAGGCAGAGGAAAGUUUCAUGAGAAGUAGUGUGUUUAACAAGACAGACUUUGGUUGCUGUAUUCAAGUAUUUGGACUAUGACUGUGGAGGAGGGCUUGCUUAAGAUAUGUUGUUGUGUUUUUUUGUGGAAAAGUAAGGAGUUAGGUGGCUUGAUAAUAGGCAGGGAAACCAGAUUGUCGGGACUAUGACCUUUUUCUCCAGUAUGCUACCUGAUUUGUUUGGCUGGCCAUUAGGUGGCAGCAUUGGUUCUACUUCUCUGCUUUUUAAGAGAAAUUUCAGGAAGGAUGAUCAUUCCAGUUAGUUUGGCAUUUUUUGUCGUUUGUGCACAUAACUUGGUGUUAUCCUUAUGUCAUCAGAUUCCUCCUAGGGGAGAGUUUUUGUUUUAAUUACAAAAUUAAAUUCUACAUGUUACCAAGAAAUUUGUGGUGAUAAAAAUGGAAAAAUAAAAAUUUGGGGAGUUAGUGAG